GGGGCCUCCGGCCGGCGCGAACCCGGAGACCUUGAGCUGCGCGGCGACAUGGGCUGGUGGCGGGGUCUGCUGCGCUCGGUGUGGGGCUCCCUGUCGAAGGAGGUGAGGGAGCACGUGGGCACGGACCAUCUGGGGAACAAAUACUACUACAUCGCCCAGUACAAGAACUGGAGAGGACAGACUAUUCGAGAGAAAAGAAUUGUAGAAGCAGCCAACAGAAAAGAGCUAGACUAUGAAGCAGGAGACAUCCCAACGGAGUGGGAAGCAUGGAUUAGAAGAACAAGAAAGACUCCACCUACUAUGGAGGAAAUACUAAAGAAUGAAAAAUACAGAGAAGAAAUUAAAAUAAAAAGCAAAGAUUUUUAUGAGAAAGAUAAGGUCAGUAAAGAGCCCAGCGAAGAACUGCUGCCUUCACCUGCUGCAACUCAGAUUAAAGGACACGCUGCUGCUCCGUACUUCGGGAAGGAAGAACCCUCAGUGGCUCCCACCAGCACUGGUCAGACUUUUCAGCCAGGCUCAUGGAUGCCAGAAGAUAACAAAAGACAAAAUCAUUGAAGCACUAUGGGAAAGUCAUUUCAUUGAUGUGGAUGUGGCUAUUUCAACAAAUAAAGGUUAAAAGUUAAUCACUUUGCAUUUUCUGUAUACCCUGUGUUCCAUAAAGCUUGUGGUAUUUAUUAUGUAUAAUGUGAUGCUGUAAAUAUAGAAGCUUCAAUAUAUUCAGAUUUGAAUCCUAUGCUUGAUUUUCUCACCCUUCCCCUCCUUGGAUUACCAUGCUGGCAAGUGUCAUGCCACUGUGAACACUCAGUACAUAAGGUCCUCGGGCUCAGUUAGGAACCAACCACAGAUACUGUGAGGAUAACAAUGGGCUUCCACAGCUGCUAAAAAGGAAAACUUGGAUAGAACAUAUGAUUUUUUUUUUUUUAAUAGAAAGUACUAGGUUUGCUGGUAAGUGAUGCAGGAACAGUCAUUUGAAUCUCCUACAUAAUAAAUAAGAUAUAAUUUUGGCCUGAU